AAUAUUCAUACGAAUCAAUAUUUAAGUGGUAUAUUAUUGUAUUUUCGUGGAUUAGUUACCGCAGUCUUAUGUAUUAAAGAUAAAGUAUUUUUUAUAUUGAGAACCAUGAAAGUUUUACUAUUGCUAGCGAUUUUUGUACCAUUUGUGGUAAGCCACGAUGCUAAGAUUACAGAACUACUCUCUAAAGAAAUCUUGAGAGAUGUUGAUGUCGAAUUGUUACUAACACAAAUGGAAACAAUUUAUUUAUUUGAAAAAAACAGUGCUGGAAAUAUAACGGCAGUGUUAAAUGAGUUCUUGGAUAAAGUUUUGGAAAAUAUGGAAAAUUUCAUUAUAAAUCAUGGAUAUGAUCCAAUGCAAAUACCAGAUACAGCCUUAAAUCUUCCAAUAACAGGAUCUAUUACGUUAAAAAAGGGAUGGUUACGUGAUCUGGCCAUGAUUAAAAGGUAUAAAGAUACAGGUGUAGUUUACAGUUCAGAGGAGAAGAAACUAAAAAUGAUAUUUUCACUACAAUUUGAAGAGCUGCAGUUCGUUUACCACUACAUUACUCAAUAUCUUCUGUUAAGAAUAGAGGGCGAGGUAGAAGGAAAAAUUGAGGACGUGAUCAUACAAGCAGCAUUAAGUUUUGAUUUUCACACCUAUAAUGCAACUCUUGACAAUUUUGAUAUUAUGAAUACAGGAUCUAUCGACAUUGAAUUUUCUGGGAAUGGUUUAAUUGAUUGGUUAACCAAUGCCAUGACAGGAGUGGUGACUGCAUUUUUACAUCCACUUAUUUUAUCGAUAAUUCAAAAUAUUUUUAAAGGUACUUUGGGUAGUCUUGUCGAUGCUGUAAAUGAAAUAAUUCACGAAAUAUUACAUCUUAACUAAACUUA